AUGAAAUACAAGGAAGGCAAAUCCUUGGCGGAUCACUUGAACGAAAUUCAAGGGAUCGUGGAUCAGUUGUCCGGUAUGGGCAUAAAGAUGGAAGAUGAGGUGGUCGCUCUCCUCGUUCUGGCUUCCCUUCCAGAAUCUUGGGAGACGCUAAAAAUUUCACUUACCAACUCUGCAAAAGAUGGAGUUAUAAACAUGGAGAUUGUCAAAAGCGGAGUCCUGAACGAAGAGAUGCGAAAAAGAUCACAAGGUGCAUCCUCAUCAUCUUCCCAGUCAGACCUUCUGAUAGUGGAUUCCAGAAGCAGAGGAAGAAGUGAAGCUAGAGGCUCAAAGCAAAGAGGCAAGAGUCGAGGGAAGUCCAACAAGUUUGCCAACAUCCAAUGUCAUCACUGCAAGGAAAAGGGCCACAUCAGAAGAUUUUGCCCAAAGUUCAGAAAUGAGAGAAAGAAGGGCAAACGAGAUGAGAACAGUGAUGAUGAUGGUGCAAACUCUGUAGAUGAGUUCAAUAUUGUCUACGAGGAAGAUGUUGUCAACCUGACAACCCAGGAGACAAGCUGGGUGGUUGAUAGUGGUGCUACCAUCCACGUGACGUCCAAGAGAGAAUUUUUCUCAUCUUACACACCAGGUGACUUUGGUGUGGUAAGAAUGGGAAAUGGUAAUCUUUCCAAAGUUAUCGGAAAAGGAGAAGUCUGCUUGGAGAUGAUGAAUGGUACGAAGCUACUGCUGAAGGAUGUCAGGCAUGUUCCAGAAAUGCGCCUGAAUCUCAUCUCUGUAGACAAGUUGGAUGAGGAAGGUUACUGCAACACCUUUCACAAUGGCCAGUGGAAACUCACCAGAGGCUCCUUGGUGUUGGCCAAGGGCAAGAAGCUGUCAAAGCUGUAUGUGACGGAAGCCAAGAUCUCCCCAGAGAUUGUCAACUCAGCGGAGAAUGGUGACACAAUUGAAUUGUGGCACAAACGGCUCGGUCACAUGAGUGAGAAGUCCAUGGCAAAGUUGGCCCAGAAGAAGGUCAUAGUUGGGUUGGAUCAAGUUCAUCUAAAGAAGUGUGUCGAUUGCCUUGCGGGAAAGCAAAAUCGAGUUGCUUUCAAAAGUUCCAUCCCUUCAAGAGCAAAGAACGUGUUGGAUCUAGUUCACUCAGAUCUCUGUGAACCCGAUGUCAACGUCAAAUCACUUGGAGGUGCCAGAUAUUUUGUGACAUUCAUUGAUGACCAUUCACGGAAGACUUGGGUGUAUACCUUGAAGACCAAGGAUCAGGCCCUAGACGUUUUCAAACAAUUCUUGGCCCUGGUGGAGAGGGAAACUGGCAAGAAGCUGAAGUGCAUCCGGACUGACAAUGGUGGAGAGUACAGAGGUCCGUUUGCUACCUUCUACAAGGAACAUGGAAUUCGGCAGCAAUUCACACCACCAAAGACGCCGCAAUUGAAUGGGCUAGCUGAGAGGAUGAACAGGACCCUGCUAGAGAGAGUCAGGUGCUUGUUAUCACACUCGAAGCUACCACAAUCUUUCUGGGGGGAGGCACUGCUUGCAGCAGUUUAUGUGUGGAACAGGUCACCUAGUGUGCCACUGAAGUAUGACGCCCCAGAGAAGGUGUGGACAGGAAAAGAAGUUUCCUACAAACAUUUGCGGGUGUUUGGUUGCAAGGCCUUUGUCCAUAUUCCAAAGGAUGAAAGGUCAAAGUUGGAUUCAAAGACGCGACCGUGCGUAUUCAUUGGCUAUGGUCAAAAUGAGUUUGGCUAUAGAUUCUUUGAUCCAAUCCAGAAGAAGCUUAUCAGAAGCCGUGAUGCUGUGUUCAUCGAGAAUGAGACCAUCGAAGAUGUUGUUGCUAGGAAAGAAGUUCCUAGUACUGAUGCUAGCCAGCCAAACCUUGAGCUAGUGCCUCCAACACCAGCGCCUACAGAAGUUGGAGAAGAAGUACAACAUGAUCAGCCUGAGAUAGUUGAACCAAAUGCCCAUGUGGAGGUUCAACCAGAAGAUGCUGAUGACGAUGGUCAACCACCAGCCAUAGAAGGUUCUCCUGUUCGAACAACAAGAUCUAGUAGAAUUUCACGACCGUCUACCAGAUAUCCCGAGACUGAAUAUGUCUCACUUACUGACGGCGGAGAACCAGAAAGCUUCACAGAAGCUAUGAAUGAUGAAGACAAGCAAAGGUGGAUAGAAGCCAUGCAAGACGAGAUGGAUUCCUUGUAUGAUAACAACACAUUUGAGUUGGUGAAGUUGCCAAAAGGCAAGAGAGCUUUGAAGAACAAGUGGGUGUUUAAGAUCAAGCAUGAUGAACACAACCGUCAGCCACGCUUCAAAGCCAGACUAGUCGUGAAAGGCUUCAGUCAAAGGAAAGGCAUUGACUUUGACGAGAUAUUUUCACCUGUGGUGAAGAUGACAUCCAUUCGUACUGUGUUGGGACUAGCAGCAAGUCUUAACCUGGAGGUUGAACAAAUGGAUGUGAAAACUGCUUUCCUUCAUGGUGAUUUGGAGGAAGAGAUUUACAUGGAGCAGCCAGAAGGCUUCAAGAAAGAGAAAAAUGAGGACUAUGUGUGCAGGCUCCGUAAGAGCUUGUAUGGCUUGAAGCAGGCACCAAGAUAA